AUGGAUCACAACGCCACGCCGCGUAGCCGCCCGGGCCUCAAGUUUGCCACGAACCGCGUCUACCAGGCGUCACCUCUCAAUCCCAACAAGCGCCUGUCCACCCCCCAGACUGCGCCGUCGCGCAAGACCCUCCACCGCGAUGAGCCCGCGACGGGCACCUUCGACAGCCACUCUUCAUCCGUCUCUGCCUCGCGCAAUAUUUUCCGAUCCUCCUCCAUCAGCAACAACUCCUCUACAACUCCCUUUGCUCCCAAGCUGCCAGCCGACACGAGGACCAAGGUCUUCGCCCCUGGCGGUACCCCCGUCUCCCAAAAGGUCUACCGGGACGUGACAGCGCAGGCGACACCGCGCGGCAUGAUGGCCAAAUCGACGUCGGCCGAGCUCUUCACCAUGCGCAUCCCCUCCCCGCCGCCCGAGCUCUCGGGCGAGGCUCUCGCCAAGAAGGUUCCCUCGCAUCUCGACUCCAAGGGCACCGUCUACGCCGACCAGUUCCUCCAGGAAUACGUCCCUCGCGAGUAUGACGACCUGCAGCGCCGUCAGCUCUUCUGCAUUCUCGAUCUGCGCCGUCUGAAGCAUUCGGCAAAUGAAGUGUUUGCGAAGAAAGACUGGAAGCUGAACAUUAUGAACUUUGCCAAGGAGUUUGAGAAGAGCAGGAGCUUGAUCAUGCUGCGUUAUGGUCUCUAUGAAUUCAAAAACGUCAAGCCCUCUGGUGACGUCCUCCGAAAAUGGCGGGCUGCGCACGGCCUGCCCGACGAAGAGGAAGGUGCUUCCACGCCGGUCAAGCAGAAUGGCGCCAAGUCGGGCUCCUCGAAGCGCAAGGCCGACGAUGACCUGAGGUCGGCCGAUGCAUCCUCGUCCGCGGCACCUCUGUCGGCGAACAAGAAGCGCGCAUUCGACAAGAAUGAGGCGCCCUCUGCCACGCCUGCCCCGAGCAACAACAAGAGGAAGGCUUCUGUCAGCGACGAGGCCGAGGAAAGCCAGCCUUCCAAGCAGCAGAAGUCGUCAACGCCCUCCGCCACGAGGUCCAUGUUCGAGAGCGCUUUCAACAAUAAGCCAUCGACGAGCUCGACACCCCCGCAAGGUACGACGCAGUCAUCCGCACCCGCUUCGGCACCAAAACCGAACCCCUUUGCUCCCGUCUCCAAGCCCGCCGACGUUGCUGCGGCUCGUUCCGUCUUUGAAAAUCUGAAACAAUCCGAAGGCCCGGGUAACAUCUUUGGAUACCUCUCCGAUACAAGCGCGAAGAAUAGUGGAGUGGAUGCUGAUGCUGAAAGCGAGUCAGACUCGGAAGAGGACGAGGCCGACACGCAGGAUACCGGUCGUCAGAGCGACGAGCCCAGCGUCGUCGCCAGCGGCGGGGCCGACACGCCGUCGUCGCAACCGGCGAGCAGCCUCUUGGCGCCUCAAAAGUCUCUCUUCCCGAGCGCGCCCUCGGCCGCGGCCUCUAGGGAAUCCACGCCGGGUCGAAGCCUGUUCGACCGCGUCACCAAGGACCAGACCGGGGAACCUGUGCGCGCGGGCUCUGUCGAGACAAGCAAGAGCAUCGAGCCCACCAGCGCCGCAACCGAGGCCAGGGCUGCGAGCCCGGUCAAGGAAGCUCCUGCUGCACCAGUCAAUGCCACCUGGACGCCCGACACGCCGAUCAAGUUUGGUGCCGCUGCCCCGGCUGGUGCCGCGGCCCCGGCUAGUGCCGCGAGCCACAUCUUUGGAAGCUCGACCACCAACGGAAGCUCGCUCUUUGGCGCGGCCAAGUCGACGCCGUCUCCUGCCUCCAGCCUCUUUGGAGCGCCAACGCAGCAGGACGCCCCAGCCAAGGAGCAGCCGGCUCCGGCCAAGUCCGCGUCAGCGGAACCAGACAAGUCGGGCGAGUCCGACAAGGAGAACGACUCCCAGCCUGCACCCAAGCCACUCUUUGGCGGGUUUGCUCCCAAGCCAGCUGAGUCUGCCAGCGCUUCGUCCCUGUUCCAGCCAAAGCCCAGCGUCGAGUCGGCCCCCAAGGCUGCGACGCCUACCUUCACCUUUGGUGCCCCCAAGGCCGACGAGACCAAGGCCUCCACGCCCCCAGCGUCCGGCCUGUUUGGCGCGCAGGACAAACCAAAGGACUCAGUCUUGGAGUCGUCUACUCUGUUUGGAGGAUCCAGCAAGCCUGCCGGUUCCAACGCGACACCGGCGGCCGAGCCACCCAAGUCCAACCUUUUCGGGUCUGCCGCCGGUUCGGCGCCCUCGACCCUUUUCGGGUUGUCGUCUCAGCCGACUGCGAACGCGUCAAGCCUCUUCGGAUCGUCAUCGCAAACGAAUGCCAACGCCUCGAGCCUUUUCGGUGCGAAGCCGUCGACGGGAAGCGAUGCCGGAAGCAACGGCGCCUCCAGCCUCUUCAGCAAGCCCACGACACCCACGCCUCCUCCCAGCUUUGGCGCCGGCACCGCCAAGCCCUUCACCUUCGGUGCUACUAGCGCAGGUGACGCCGCGCCCUCCCAGACGAACAACCUCUUCGGCGCCGCCUCCAAGACCCUCUCGCCACCUUCCGCCUCCAACGCUCCCAUCUUUGGCGGCAGCCCGAUGAAGCAGGACGACAAGUCUGGUGAGCCGCCGGCCAAGAAGGCCUUUGGUGGCUCCUCCACCGAGCCGUCGUCGACAACGCCGUUCAGCUUUGGCGGCGCGUCGAGCACUCCUGCGCCUGCGGGCAACCUGUUCGGGGCCGCGUCCCAGCCUCAAGGACAAGCAUCCGCAAAUUCUUCCUUCACAUUCGGCAGCGGUGGCGACAGCGGCGCGGCCUCUUUCAACAACCCCUUCAGCUUCGGCAGCACCGGUGCGACGGCGGCGCCAUCGCCUGCCCCGUCCGGUGGCAUGUUCAACUUUGGCGCAGGAUCCUCAGCGCCGGCAGCCCCGACGUCGGGGAACGCUUCGCCCUUCCAGUUUGGCGCCGGCGGCACGUCGCCUGCCGUCGCAUCGGCCAACUCGCCCUUCCAGUUCGGCGCCUCGCAGCCGGCACAGCCCGCAUCCGCGACAACCAACGCGGGAAUGUUCAAUUUUGCCGAGAACGGGGGCAUCAAUGCAGUCGCUCAGCUACACAUCAGCGUCCGAGAAGGGCUGAAAGGGGCAGAGGCGUGUUUGUGGAGAGUGGAGCGAGGGGACGGCCCAAAAUUGAGAGACAGGGGGAGACAGAGGGACUGGUGCAAGUGA